AUGGGUGUAUGCUACUUUACCCUGCAUCUAGGCGCAUGCUGCAGCAGGAAGCAGCAGGAGCAGCAGCAGCAGCAGCAGCAGCAGCCUUUUCUGUGCGCUGCCAUCUUACCUACAUUAAUCACUGUCAUCUUUUCCCCCUCCACUCUUCAAAUUGGCAGGCUGGCGGGAAAGUUUCUCAUCUUCCCCUUCGCAAAAGCCUCGUGGAUUGAGAGCAAUGUUUUCCUAAUUGAACUCGACACUUCAAUCGGCGUUGCUCUUUCUUGUCCCGAUCAAAAGUUGCCGUUCUUGGGGGAUGGGAAAGCAGCAGACAAGAUGAAGCUCCUCGCGAUCCUCACGCUGGCCGCUGCUGCCGCCGCCGCCACCGGCACAAAUGCGGCCUUCAGACAGAGAUACGCCGGGGUCGACAUGUCGCCAGCCGUCGAGGGCGCCGGUAUCGUUCCGCGCUUCUUCAUCGACGCACCGCGGCUCGCUGUCCGCGACGGCGGUAUAUGCAACCCGAACUUUCAUUCCUGUAAGUACGAACCUCCUCCAAGUGUUAUCAUUAUCCUCACUCGACGUCCCCCCUUGACUUUCGGGCUCACCUUGUAUCACCCCGAAAGACAUCAAACUAAAAACACCCAAACAGGCGUCGACAUAGGCCACCCAGAAACCUGCUGCGCAAACACAAACUACUGCUACGUGAAACCCGACAACUCACCAUGGUGCUGCCCCCUCGGCUCCCUCUGCGACUCAAACUGCCCCGCGACAGCCUACCAAUGCCCAACAACGAUAACCGUAACCGCCACCGUCUCGCGGACCGCGAGCGCCGCCUCCGCCCUCCUGACAACCUCCCUCUCGACAUCCUCAGCCUGCUGCGGCCGCACCUGUCCCUCCCCCUCCGCCUUCCGCUGCGAAUUCCAGUUCGGCGGCGGCUGCUGCUCCUACGGCCAGACCUGCGUCUCCGGCGGCCGCUGCAUAAGCACGGUCUCCGCUUCCGUAACAUCAUCUGCCACGGGGGGACUGAAGCCCGCUGACCCGCGGUGUACGGCCACCACGCAGCACGCGUGCGACGACACGGCGGCGGGGUGCUGCGAUAACCUCAUGCACUGCACCGUCGUCGGCGGGACGGCCGGGUGCGCGGCGGGGAACCCGACGGCGACGGGGGGUUUGGGGUAUACCACCGUCCCCGAAGGCGGCAGCGGAGGGGGAGGGUUGUCGGCCGGAGCGAAGGCGGGUAUCGGGGUCGGCGUUGCUGUUGUGGGGUGUGCUCUCGCCGGCGCGCUCGUGUGGUUUUGUUUCGUGAGGAGGCGGCGGAGGGGGACCGUUACCGGGACGGCGACGAUGUCUGAGCGUAGCGGCGGCGGCGGGCGGAGCAGAGGAACGGGAGCGGGAAGGGGAGGGGUCUCUGGCGUCGGGAGCGAGAGGCCUGGUCGCGGGGUACGGGCUCUAUCGGACGUCACGUCCGGGUCCCGACCGAACGGGCCCAGUCGCGGCGCGACGCAGGAUUACUUUGGUCCGGAUGCCGUUGCGGGGCCGUAUACCGAGACAGAGGAGACCGGGUUGUCUCCGGGCAGCGGUUCGGGAGCCGGAGCCGGAGCCGGAGGGGGAAGGGCGGGGACGCCUGGUCGAGGGCGGGGCGUGCCGCUCCAAGCGCACUCGCCCAACGACGUUGUCGCGCCCGUGGAGAUUGGGGACUCUGGGGGUGAGAAGAGAGGCUACGGCUACGGUUACGGUCACGGGUACGGCCACAGCGUGACUUCCGUGCCGGAGGAAGGACGUGAAGGGGGCCCGAGGGAGAUGCAGACGCCCGGGUCCGAGGAGGAGACGACGCAGGGGCGGUACGAGUUGUACGGGUCCGAGAUGGCUUCGCCCGUGUCCGUUGGGGCGCCGCCCUCGUCGAUCGUGCCGACGCCGUCGAUGAUGACGCCGAGGAGCGUCGCGAGCGUGAGCAUGUUUGAUCGGUCACCGGGUCCCGCUCCCUCCGACAGGGAGAGGGAGAGAUAG